GGACAACUGGUCAUGAGGACGGUGAUCAUAGACCUUCCAUCUCCUUGCAUAAAAAACUUCUCAAUGGGAUUUAGAAAUGGGCAAUAUGGUGGGAGAAACUCCGUCAAAAAACGUGAAUGGGUAACAAACCAUUCCAUGACUGUACAGAUAUGCGACUGACACAUUAGCUGGUAAGUAUUCAACUGCCUUUAUUACGCAUUUCGUGACGUUACAGUUCCCUGCUAUGGCCUCUUAGGACCUUAAAAGUGUCUCACAGAAUAUCCUUACAUCUCCCUUAUUCAGUAAACAAAAAUAGAUUCACUCUGUGCAUUCUUUAAGCAUAAAAAUAACUAAAUAAUUUGGUGCCAGAGGUCGCCAGUACCAGGCCCGGAUUACCCAAUGGGCAUUAUGGGCACGGGCCCAGGGGCCCAUGCGCACUUGGGGCCCAAGCGAGGGGAAGAUUUAUUUAUUUAUUUAUUUUUAAAUUUCAUUUCCGAAAACGGAGUGUAUAUUUGCACUAUACGUGCCGGCCCGGUGCCUGUCUUUUUAGCAAAAAGACGCUCGACACAAAAUAACUAUUGUAGCGUAAGGCGUGAGGUGCAUGAUGGCUUUUGAGGCGUUCGGCCAGAGUUCGAAUCCGCCUUUUGCCGAACUCGCUCUUCUCCCUUUUCCCAACACAUGCAGGUACUUACUGCUGGUGGUGACACGUACGCGUGCAUUUGAGCAACACUGGCAACAAAACUAGCACUAGUGUAAUUGCUAAAUAAGUUAAUUGCCAUUAUGCAACGUUUUAGAAAAGUAUGAAUUAGCAGAAUAUCCAGUGUUAUGAAAACAGUAGGUCAACAUAACUACAAUGCAUUCUUUAAUUCCCUGUCUUAUUCUGCCCUCUGGCAUAUCGAAAUUAAUACAAACCUUAACAUAAAGAGACGGACAGUGUUAUUAACAGCAGGGCCGGCCCUGGCCAAUUUGCUGCCCUAGGCAAGAUUUCACCUGGUGCCCCUGGAAUCACAGACAAUUCCACCACUGAUCAUUGUGUUCAUACACUCAUACAGAAACAAACUGCGCAGCUUUGUCUUGUUUUUCUUUAUUUUGAAAAUAUUUUGGAAACAAACACACACACACACACACACACACACACACACACACACACACACACCUAAAUUAUAAAUAUAAUAUAAAUAAAUUUAUAUUAUAAGAUUAUUGCGGAAAAAAAAUACAGAAACAAAAAGAUACACAAAAAAAUAAAUAACUAUACACAAACUGGAAUGCAAAAUGUAGCAAAUGUUCUACAGCCUUAAAAACCCAACUUGAAAAAAGUUUAAAUGACUAGUUUUGUUGUGUUGGCUCAGCAAAAAUCCAUGAAAAAGUCAGUACAACUAUUUUUAAUACACUUAUUCAACAUAAACCAAGGUUUUUUUCCAUAAACUUAAAAAGAUGAGUUUUGUGAACAAAGCUUCGCAAGUCCAUUCAAAAAAAGUUCUGCCAACUUAUUAAUUUGAGUUAAGUCAGUUUCAUUUAGAAUCUGCCCUCCCAUAUAAUAAAAUGCUAAUUUUGGAAUAAAAUGCAACCAUUUGUUUACGGGACAAUGAAGAAAAAUGUUUUUAGGGAUUUUUAAAAGAACUUAAGUAUAAUUUAGAACUUAUUUUAAUUAUUAUUAAUAAUAAUAAUUAAAACAUGCAUAGGCCUACUGCAUAAUUGUAUAAUAAUGUAAUUUCACCAUAAUAAUACAUUAUUAUAAGUAGUAGUAGUAGUAGUAGUAGUAGUAGUAGUAGUGCACGGCAUUAUACAUUAUACGUAAAAAAUCUUCCUGAUUUCGGCCAAAUUAUGUUCCAGGGUUCAACCAUAUGGCCGAAAUCAGGAAGAUUUUUACUGUGAAGUUUUGUUAACAACAGAAGUGAGCGCCAUUGCUCUCAAAACAGAACACAAUUAGCACGUGGGGACUUUAUUGCAUUGUUAUAUUUAAAUAAACCAAACAUUAAAAAAAAAUAUCAGCAUGUUUUCUGAUGAACGACUGCAUCAUUUUCUCAAGCGCUAAACCACGCCCUCAGUAUUUUGACCGUUGCGCAUUCUUGCUGCGCGUCAACGUCAACUUUUUAAUGCGGGAGAAACAACUGUUCAGCAAACUGCCGAAGAAGAAUACUUAAGAAAGAAGAGACAGCACGUGGGCGAUUAUCCAGAGGAAUCAAUGGUGAGUACGUUUAUUUGGUUUUUGAUGAUCAAUGUUCAUUCUUUGAGUCACAUUUUUCCUAAAUUAGUCGAUAUUGGUUAAUUAGGAAAAAUAGACACUUCUACCUUUUCUUUGUAAAUUAUCAACAUUCCUGAAUGUUUAAAUCUAACUGUAUUUUUAAAUCCUGUUUUAUAAAAUAAAUACGUUUUUGUCUUUUGUUGCGAUGUAUUUUGCUGCACAAUUAAAUUGCGUUGGAAGUCGUGCAUAUGAUUCUGCUGCAGCCUCGUUAGCCAGAUUAGCUCAUCUGAAAGCCUUCCAUCGGUUAAUACUGUACUGAGGAGGCCCAACAGUUGAAGAUUGCUUUAUAUAAUAUUCUGAGGAGAUAAUGAUUAUUGAUAAUAUAGGGGAUUUUCAAAUCUGUGCAGCAGUUGCCAUAUAAAAAAAAUUCAUGGUUUAUUUAAUUGUUCAUUCAUUAAUUUGCCUUUUAAUGAACCUGGUCAUUCACAUUUGUGUAUUUUGUUUUACAGAUCUCCAUUGAGAGCACACUUCAUGCAGUAAAACCACAAUGUUGCUGCGAGUAAUCGUGACUCCAGAGUGCAUAAAAAAGCUGACACUCCCCAAUGUGCCAUCAUCAGUAGAUGAGCUCAAAGAAAUCCUUUGUGACAAACUGAAAAUUGAUCAAAACUUUGUUAUCCAGUAUGAGGACCCUGAUUUUGGUGGGCAGCUUUGCAAUUUGAGUAACAUAGAAGAACUUCCAUCUGAUAAGGUCACACUGAAGAUUGUCUGGGAACUGUUCAAAACUGCAUCAGAAGCAGAACCACCAAGAAAUAAAAGCACAGGGUCUGACAUUGAUUUUACCCAAGACACAACAAGCAUCUCAUCCAAUCUCUCCAGUCCAUCUUCCACAGUCAGGGAAGAGCGUUGGCCACAUGUUUUCCUAAUACCACAUUUCUCCUAUGAUGUAGAGUUCAGACUGAGAAAAGCUAAUGAAGUCUAUGAAAAACAGAAAACUACCAUGGAUGUUACACGAGAUGUCAAGACCGAAAUACUAGAGAGGGUGGCAGAAACAAUGUACUCCUUUAAAGCUUACCCAAGUGAUUCUGAAAUUGAGCAAGUGGCAGUUGCAUUAGUUUCCAGACAUCCAUGUCUAAGGGAACUUGGCUGUGACACAGGAUGCAAGGGCUGGAAGAUGAGCUUAAAAUUUAAAAUGGGAAAUUACAGACAAAAAUUACGCAAUACUGGAUGUAGUGAGCUUGACAAUAGAAGAGAUGAUGGUUCAAGAGUUCCCCAGAAGAAACCAAGAAGAUCAGAAAUCAACUUUCUCCCAGACAAUCCUGUUGGUUUGGAUGAUGCUGCAUUGGAAAAUGAAAGGGAACAUCUUGAGCUUGAAGUAAAAAAAAGGAACAUGGACAUUACAUUACUGAACACCAAAAUGGAAACCACAUUCCCUCUUAGAAGAAAAGAAAUAGUCAAUGAGCAGCCCUUGGUCUCUGUCAUCAAAGAAAGAUGGCCUGGCCUCUUUUUGCAGGAGCAACUUUGCGCAGAGUUUCAAAGGAUCACUUGUGUGGACCUCAAAACGGCUUUCAUGACAUCUCUGAACAAACAUAGCAAUGCCCUCAUCAAAAUGUAUCAAGCAAAGAGUAAAGACCUUGCAGAUGAGAUGAAAAUUAUCCUGGACCAUUUUGAUGAGCAGACAACAAACAUCCUGUCACACAGAUACACUACGGCUCUUCGGGGACUCCCCUUGUACCUCAGGGAGCGUGAUGCAAUAUCCAAGACUUUUAAAUUUUCAGCUCAUAUUUUCAUUGAUCACAAUUCUUUUAUGAAAUGUGUGGUUAUAUUUAAUAAAGGUGCUGACAUGGUUUUCAUGUGGCUCGUUUUCAUCGUGUUUACAUCAGGACACUGAUUUAGAGGAGACUUAUGCAAGAGGAGUGAAACUGGGCAUCCUUGAAGUUAUGGAGGAUGACAUCUCGCAGGCAACAAAGAGAUGUCUUAACUUCAGCAUCAUCCUGGAGGAAACUGUGGUCAUGGAGGACCUAUCUGACUUUCCCACUGCUUUCAUGGUACUCUUUGGACUUCUCUAUGCGCUAAAUAUUGAGUAUCCAAAAGGACUAAAAUACACAUUUGAGGCAGUGCAGAACAGCUUUGUGGGAUUGGGAGAAAAGUGCACCAACAGAGUUCAGUCCCUGAAGAAUAAGAUUUUCACUGUAUAGAGCAGUUUAAGAUGCUUUGAAUAUUUUCAGAUGCUUUUAUGGUUGGUGGGUACCUUUGGCAUAAUAAUGUUUUUGUUUUUAUGUCGCUGUAUAUUGUGGUACUGGUGCAUUUUAAAUUUUUAAGACUUGGUCUUGAAUUCCCUUUAAAGUGAAAUGCUUAUUUGUUUACUUGAUAUCCGUUGCUAUACUGUUCAGUCAAACUAAAUGUUUCAUGUUGAGGUGUGUCAGUGUUUUUUAGAUGGGUGCACUUCUAUUUUAGACCAUGCUUCAAAUUUUGAAAGUUUGUUCCUCCUACAUGCUACUGUUUAGACACACAUUUCAUAUUCAGUGGCAGUGUUUUGUAAAACUGCUUUAACUGAAGCGUUUAAUUUUUGUAUUGCAGUAUUGAAUCACUUUGGUUUAAAUAUUUGUGAAUGUAAAAAAUUUGGUAUCACAGGAUUUUUUUUUUUUUUAUGAGAUGGUGGUAGCACUACUAUCAUUAUUGAUGCCUAUCUUUGGCAGGUUAGCGCAAUUAUAAAAAUUUUUUUAUUUGUUUCCUGUGAGAAAUAUUUAAAGACCAAAAAGGAUUAAUCAUCAUGUUGUCAUGAUGAUGGCUAAAUAAAAUGCCAUUUAAUUGCCUUCAACAGGUUGGUGAAAACAUUCUUAUAUUGCUCUUUGGAAUAAAUGUUUU